AUGCCCAGUGUCUUCCGAAUUGACGCCAGAUCCAGCCUCAAUGGCAGGGAAGUUGUGGGUAUUGAGAUAGGACAUCCGAUCCGGCUCCUUAGGUUCUCUGAUUUGACGAUCACGUCGCGGAUGUACCGAAUACUGCAUCCCAAUGCUAUGAGCACAACAGUGGUGACCAAAUUGUUGCGUGAUCGAGCGAGCACCCUUAACAAGUUCUGCUUUUUAUCCACCAAUUUCAACGCUGCGCCCUCCCCGUUUGUGCCUGCUAUCAUGACCGAAGAGAGCAGCAAACAACAAUCUGUGAAUAUAAAAUUGAAACCCUCUGAUACCAAUUACCCUGAGCAUUAA